GUGCUGGGAGGAGGCAGGACAAACCCUCCCUUGUUAUAAAGCCACCUCAGUUGGCUGCAGAGAGAGUGCUUAGCACGGGCAACUAUUCAUGGAGACAAAAAGUUGUCCGGUAAGGUGUCAUGCCGGCAAAAACAAGGGCCUCGUCCUAGGGGUCUUUGCCAAUGAGAAAGAAGAGGGUGCUCCUCAGUUUACCGAUGCAGGAGAUGCUUUUGACAAACACACAGUUGGGGAGCUCAGGAAGUUGCUGGCCAUUUCAGGGCCUCCGCUGAAGAAAGGGAAGACACGCAUAUUUUAUGGCUUGCAUGAGGACUUUUCCAGUGUAGUAGUCGUUGGCCUGGGUAAGAAGAAAGCAGGAGUGAAUACUCAAGAAAAUUGGGAUGAAGACAAGGAAGCCAUAAGAGCAGCUGUUGCAGCUGGAUGCAGACAGCUUCAGGACCUGGAGGUUCCUCAUGUGGAAGUUGACCCUUGUGGAGAUGCUCAGGCUGCAGCAGAAGGAGCCAUCCUUGGACUCUAUGAAUAUGAUGAUCUUAAGCAGAAAAAGAAACCAGAGGUUGACGUUCAGCUACAUGGAAGUGAUGGGAUCAAGGCCUGGGAGAAAGGCAUUAUCUAUGCAAAGGGUCAAAAUUUGGCCCGAUCCCUGAUGGAGGGUCCAGCCAAUGUUAUCACACCAACCAGAUUUGCUGCAAUUAUUAAAGAGAAACUCCAAAGUGUCAGUUCCAAUGUGACAGUCCAUGUCAGGGAUAAGUCCUGGAUCGAAAACGAAGAGAUGAGAUCAUUCUUGAGUGUUGCGAAAGGCUCCGAAGAACCUCCAGUCUUUUUGGAGAUUCACUAUGAAGGCAGCGGUGUUCCCAAUGAACGUCCACUGGUAUUUGUUGGGAAAGGAAUUACUUUUGAUAGUGGUGGCAUUUCCAUUAAGCCUUCUGCCAACAUGGAUAGCAUGAGGGCUGAUAUGGGAGGAGCAGCCACCAUCUGUUCAGCUAUCGUGACAGCUGCAGCACUAAGCCUACCCAUCAAAAUAAUUGGACUGGCACCCCUUUGUGAAAACCUGCCCAGUGGGAAGGCAAAUAAGCCUGGAGAUGUGGUGAAGGCCAGGAAUGGGAAGACCAUCCAGAUUGACAACACCGAUGCAGAGGGGAGGUUGGUGUUGGCUGAUGCUCUUUGCUACGCACACACUUUUAAUCCAAGGGCCAUUGUAGAUGCGGCAACAUUAACAGGUGCCAUGGUGGUAGCUCUAGGAUCUGCAGCUACUGGAGUUUUUACCAAUUCAGAUCAAUUGUGGAAUCAUCUGUUUCGGGCUAGUAUUGUGACAGGGGACCGUGUAUGGAGAAUGCCUCUCUUUGAACAUUACACAAAACAGGUUACUGACUGUCAGCUUGCAGACCUCAACAACAUUGGGAAAACCAGAGAUGGAGGUGCUUGCACAGCAGCUGCAUUCCUGAGAGAAUUUGUGACUGCCCCUCACUGGGCUCACUUAGAUAUUGCUGGUGUGAUGGGAAAUCAAGAUGAGGUGCCAUACCUUCGUAAAGGCAUGGCAGGGCGGCCUACACGGACUCUAGUAGAGUUUGCUACUCUGUUGAGCCAAGACAAAGAAGGCAUCUAGAGUGUGGCUAGUUCUGUAAUUGUGGCACCUCCAGCCUUAAAAUCGCUUUCAGUUCAUUUUCAGAUUGUCUCAGCAAUGACCUGAUGUCCCCAUAAAUAAUAAAAUAUAUAGAAAUGCCAAAAUGAAGAAAAUAUCCACAACAGAAUGAUUUUUUGGGCAUAUUUAGAAAUCCUACAAUGAUGAAUCAGUUUUGUAAAUUCUUACUGAGCAAGGAUUUCUUCUUUCCUUUUUAUUUAAUAGAACAUACAGAAUUGUGUUUAUACAUUUAAUUGUGAAGGGAUGAUCACUUUAAACAAUCAGGCUUUGUAACUCAGAUCUAAUAGAAGAUUGCCACAAGCAAUAAAUAUAAUUUUGAAAACUU